AUGUCUAUAUUUGGGGACAUAUUACCCAUUAACAAAAAUGAAGAAAAGAAACAAGCUGGUGGCAAUCUAUCUCCUUAUUUGAACUUCGAUCCCCAUUAUAUACCGAAAAUGCAACCCGAAUUCAUUUAUCCCGACGACAGUCAUAUGGCUUCGACUGCGAGGAGGUCUAAUGUAGCACUUCCCAUCAUUGGGAUGUCUUUCAUGACUGGUUCAGGUUUGGGUGGUAUGGCUGGACUAUAUAAAGGUUUAAGAGCUACAACACUUGCAGGUCAAACAGGCAAAGUCAGAAGAACACAAGUGGUUAACUACAUUAUGAAACAAGGUACUACUACUGGUUGCACGUUGGGAAUCAUUGCCUCAUUCUAUUCAUGUAUUGCUCUCGGUGUAACGUGGUUACGCGACAAGGAAGACACAGCAAACACUUUUAUAGCUGCUGCGACAACAGGUGUUAUAUACAAAAGCACUGCAGGGUUACGUUCUAUUGGCCUUGGAGCUGCAGUUGGUUUAACUCUUGCAGGAGUCUACACAUUGGUUACAGAUAAUGACAAUAUAUGGAGCAAAGCCAAAUAUAACAGACUA